AUGCCGUUCGAAGAGGAACUCUUCCUCAGGACAAUAUAUGAGAGGGCGAGGUCCAUCUACUGCUCCCGUGCCAUCAUGACCACCUCCGAUGGCGUCUGGCUCAACGACAACCCCUUCCACUUCUCCCUGCCCAUCCUCCUCUUCCAGCUCACCGGCAUCUUCGUCGUCUGCAAACUUACGCACGCCGUCCUCCGCCGCCUCGGUCAACCCCUCAUCAUCUCUCAGAUCAUGGCGGGCAUCAUAGUAGGCCCUGAUAUGCUCAGCCGGAACCUGAAGUUUCAGUAUCUGAUCUAUGAGCCGCAGAGCUACGAGCAGCUCAGCAUCGUCGGCAUCUUCGGCUGCAUCAUGUACUUCUUCGUGGUCGGUGUGAAGGCGGACCUGGGGCUGAUCCCCAAGGUGGGCAAGAAGCCGGUGGCCAUCGCCUUGUUCUGCACCCUUCAUCCCGUCGUGUCCGUCUACAUCACGGCCACCGCCCUGAGGCACAAGAUCCCUCCCCGUUUCACCGACACUCAGCUGCUCCUGAGAAUCGGCUCCCCGCUGAGGGGGUUGGAGGCGCUAUCCUGCCUCGCUGCCUUAGUGGUGAUCAUCAUGUUCGUCUUGAGGCCGCUGGUGCUGUGGCUCAUAAGGCGGACGCCGGAGGGGGCACUCCUGGACGAGGCCAGCUUCGUGGCGGUGCUGCUGAUGGCGUUUGUGUGCGCGUUGCUGGCCGGGAUCAUCGGGUACGACGUCUUCACGGGGCCCUUCUUCUUCGGGCUGGUGCUGCCGGGGGGAGCCCCGUUGGGGGCGACGCUGGUGGAGCGCAUGGACAGGAUGGUGAUGGGGUUGUUUCUGCCCGUCGCCAUCGUUCAAGCCGGGACGAGGAUGAGGAUGUUGCUGCUCACCGACACCUUGCGCUGGGGCCUCUUCGAACUCUUUCUGGUGAUCUGCGUGGUGUCCAAGUUCCUGGGCGUCAUCCUCCCCUGCCUCUACUGCAAGAUGCCGCACCGCGACACCGUCUCCCUGGCGCUCAUGAUGACCACCAAGGGCAUCUACGAAAUAGUGGCCGCCACGCUGUGGCAGGAUGACCGUAUUCUGUAUGACGAGGAGUACACCAUCACCCUCCUCACCGUCCUCGUCUUCGGCGGCGGCACCGCCCCCAUGGUCAAGUACCUGUACCGGCCGGAAGAUCGCUACGUGGCCUACAAGCGCCGCACUCUGCAGCACGCCAAGCCCGGGGACGAGCUCCGCGUCCUCGCAUGCAUCCACGAGCAGGACAACGUCAACACCGCCCUCGCCCUCCUCCAGGCCUCCGGCCACUCCCACGACUCGCCCAUCUACGUCUACGUCCUCCACCUCCGCCGUCUCAUCGGCCGGACCGACGCCGUCCUCGUUCCCCAUAAGCGCCGCAACGAGACCUUCUCCUCGGUCUCCGCCCUCUCGCAGUCCGACCACAUUGUGAACGCCUUCCGGCAGUUCGAGCAGCAGCACUCGGACGGCGUCUGGGUCCUCCCUUACAUCUGCAUCUCCCCUUACAACACCAUGCACGACGACGUUUGCUCCCUCGCCCUCGACAAAAAGGUCACGCUCGUCAUCCUCCCCUUCCACAAGAACGUCAAAGCCGACGGCAGCAUCAUUUUCGUGAACCCCGCCGUCCGGUCCGUAAACGUGAACGUCCUCCGAUACGCGCCCUGCUCCGUGGCCAUCCUCGUCGACCACGGGAUCUCCGACUGCGGGAAGCUGCUGCAGCACGUGGCGGUCUACUUCCUGGGCGGGGCCGACGACCGGGAGGCUCUGGCCUACGGCUCACGCAUGGCGAAGCGGGCGGCCAUCCGGCUCACGGUGGUGCGCUUCCUCCCGCCCAAGGUGUGGCGGGAGGAAGGGCAGGAGGAGAAGAUGGACGACAAGAUGUUGACGCAGUUCCAGCACGAGAUGGUGGACGGAAAGCAGGUGGUGUACAGGGAUAAGGUAGUGCAGGACGGGGAAGGGACGGUGGCCGUGAUCCGCCAGACGAGCGCCGAGUUCAACCUGCUGAUCGUGGGGCGGAGGAAGGGGAAGGAUUCGCCGCUGACGACAGGGAUGUCGAUGUGGAGCGAGUACCCGGAGCUGGGGAUCAUCGGCGACUUGCUGGCCGCGACGGAUUUCGGCGGCCGGGUGUCCACGCUGGUGGUGCAGCAGCAGGUGAUGGUGAUGGGAGCAGCGGCGCAAGGUGCGGAUAGCCCCAAGAGCCCUUCGACCGGGCGCGGGCGCCAGGUUGCACCGGAAGCCCAAAUCUGA